AGUACGAUACAAUCUGAAAGAAUACUGUGCAAAAGCAAACAUAAAAUUAAGAAAAAUUUAAGAAGUUUUGUUGAUUUAAGACUACAUUAUUGUGAACUAUAAUGGUUGGAAAAGGGAAGAUGUAUGUAAUAAAGCGCAAUGGGCAAAAGGAAGAUGUUCAUUUUGACAAAAUAACAUCCAGAAUUCAAAAAUUAUGUUACAAUCUAGACAUGGAUUAUGUGGACCCUUCCGCUAUUACUUUCCGUGUUAUCAAUGGUUUGUAUUCAGGAGUUACUACAAUCGAGUUGGAUAAUCUUGCAGCAGAAAUUGCAGCCACUAUGACUACUAAACAUCCAGAUUAUGCUAUAUUAGCUGCAAGGAUUGCAGUUUCAAAUCUUCAUAAGGAAACGAAGAAAAGUUUUAGUGAGGUAAUGCAUGAUUUGCACAAUGUAAAGGAACCAUAUACGAAUGGACCCAGGCCUGUUAUUAGUGAAAAAUAUUACAAUAUCAUAAAAAAUAAUGCAAGUAGAUUGAAUUCUGCAAUAAUUUAUGAGAGAGAUUUUAGCUACAAUUAUUUCGGCUUUAAAACACUCGAGAGAAGUUAUUUAUUAAAAAUACAUGGAAAAGUUGUUGAAAGACCACAGCACAUGUUAAUGAGAGUUGCAGUUGCUAUCCAUGGUGAAGAUACCGAUAGAGCUAUAGAAACUUAUAAUUUUUUAUCAGAACGAUAUUUUACACAUGCGUCGCCAACGCUUUUUUCUGCGUGCACUAUAAAACAGCAAAUGUCUAGUUGUUUUCUCUUAACAAUGAGUGAAGAUAGCAUUGAAGGAAUUUAUAAUACAUUAAAAAAUUGUGCACUUAUUAGUAAAUCAGCUGGUGGUAUUGGACUCAAUGUACAUUGUAUCAGAGCAAAGGGUACACCAAUAGCUGGUACACUUGGUGUAUCUAAUGGUUUGGUCCCAAUGAUCCGAGUGUUUAAUAACACAGCUCGAUAUGUCGAUCAAGGUGGAAAUAAAAGACCAGGAGCAUUUGCUAUAUACUUAGAACCAUGGCAUGCAGAUAUUUUUGAAUUUUUGGAUCUAAAAAAAAAUACUGGUAAAGAAGAGAAUAGAGCAAGAGAACUAUUUUAUGCAUUAUGGAUUCCUGAUCUUUUCAUGAAAAGAGUUUUAGAAAAUGGUGUUUGGACUUUAAUGUGUUCGCAUGAAUCUCCUGGCCUGCAUGAUGUGUGGGGCGAUGAAUUUGAAGCUCUUUACACACGGUACGAAAACGAGAAGCGAUAUAAACGACAAAUUCAAGCCAGAGAUCUAUGGACUGCCAUUCUUAUUUCACAAGUUGAAACAGGGACUCCUUAUAUGCUCUAUAAGGAUCAUUGUAAUCGUAAAUCAAAUCAUCAAAAUAUUGGAACAAUUAAGUGUAGUAAUUUAUGUACAGAAAUUGUACAAUAUUCCAGUCCAGAUGAAGUUGCUGUAUGUAAUUUGGCUUCAAUCGCCGUUAAUAUGUUUGUGGAUACUAUUAAUAAAACUUUUGAUUUCCAAAAACUUCGUAAAGUAACAAAAACUGUUGCAUAUAAUUUGGAUAAACUUAUCGACGUUAAUUACUAUCCAAUUCCGGAAUCACAAACAUCAAAUUUAAGACAUAGGCCUAUUGGUAUUGGAAUACAAGGACUAGCAGAUGCAUUUCUUUUAAUGCGGUUUCCAUUUGAAAGUGAAGAGGCACAACAACUUAAUGUUCAAAUAUUUGAAACAUUAUACUAUAGUGCAUUAGAGGCUAGUUGUGAAAUCGCUAUGGAAAAGGGUACAUAUGAAACUUACAAAGGCAGUCCAGUUAGUAAAGGAAUUUUACAAUACGAUAUGUGGGAUGUCACCCCAACUGAUUUGUGGGAUUGGAAAUCAUUGAAAGAAAAAAUUGCAAAACAUGGAGUCAGAAAUUCACUGCUAAUUGCUCCCAUGCCAACAGCUUCUACUGCACAAAUUUUAGGAAAUAAUGAAUCUAUAGAACCAUAUACAAGUAAUAUUUAUACAAGACGAGUAUUAUCUGGUGAAUUUCAAGUGGUGAAUCCUCACUUAUUACGAGAUUUAACUGAAAGAGAUCUAUGGGAUGAGGAUAUGAAAAAUGAAAUAAUAGCAAAUAAUGGCUCUAUUCAGGAAAUUGAACGUAUACCAGCAGAUUUGAAAAUACUUUAUAAAACUGUUUGGGAAAUAUCACAAAAAACGAUCUUAAAAAUGGCAGCAGAUCGUGGUGCGUUCAUUGAUCAAUCACAAUCAUUAAAUGUUCAUAUGGCUAAACCAACGACAGAAAAAUUAACUUCAAUGCAUUUUUAUGGAUGGCAAAUGGGUUUGAAGACCGGUAUGUAUUACUUGAGAACAAAACCGGCUGCGAAUGCUCUUCAAUUUACAGUUGAUAAAUUAAAAUUACGAAAUACUAAUACUGUUAUGGCUAAUCAGUCUCUGAAUUCCGAAAAUGGAAAUGUUGAAGAAUUGUCUACUCCACAGAAGAAUGGAUGGGUGAAAAAUAAAAGUAAUGGAGACAUCGAAGCUAUGACAUGUUCUCUUGAAAAUGGAGAUGCAUGCAUGGCCUGUGGAUCAUAA